AAUAUCCAAAUUAAUUUGAUUUCUCUCUUUAGAUGGAUAGAUAAAAGUGUUAAUAUAAUCAUUUAACAUGAUUUUAAUUAACCUGAUAAAAACAGGUAGAUCAUCAAAAUUAAGCAGAUAAAAACAGGUAGAUAUUCAAAACUAACCUGGCAAAGGCAUGUCUUAAUUAACCUGGAAAAGACAGGUAGAUGUUAAUUAAAUUGAUGAGACAUGCCGAUUGAUUCAUAAAAACCAUGACUGUAUUAUUUAUAGAUGCUGAUGGUGAUACACACAGGUGUGGUCAGAGUUAUCUACCCUGGAUUAUACCUGGAAAAUUAAUAACGAGAGUUGAAUUACGAAGAUAAGAAGUGAAAUAUUACCUAUAGAGAUUAAAGUGAAAUAAAGACAAGAUGGAACACAUAGAACCAAUGAAGCAACUAGUAUUUUACAUUUCCAUAGCAACAAUUUUAUUUAUGAAAACAGUAUUAUCAGUACAGACAUUCUUUGAACAACCUCGGAGCCACAAUGCUACUGUGAACAGUACAGUGAUAUUUAAAUGUGUGAUACAGAACAAAGCUGGGGAGGUUCAAUGGAUGCAUGACGGAUUAUCCCUCGGAUCAGACAGAGAUUAUUCAGGGUAUGACCGAUACUCAGUCAUCGGUGGACGUAAUGGGGUCCUUGAGGAAUUCAGUUUAAAAAUAACGGAUGUACAAUUAAAGGACGAUGGUGAAUAUAUAUGCUUUGUUCUACGGACACAGUCAGAUCUUAGUAUUAAAACUGAUCCACCAGUUACUCUAAAUGUGUUAGUAAGACCAGAUCCUCCAGUGAUACAAGGGGGAAGUUUACAGAAAGUUACAUUAGGGGAGCAUAAGAAUUUAUCUUGUACCUCAGCCAAUGGCAAGCCAGGAGCAGAGAUCACAUGGUAUAAAGAUUCUGUACGAAUUGUUGAUAAAGUGUUCAGUGUGACUGAUAGAAACGGUGUUAAAGACAAAAGGGAGACAACUAUCAGUCAUGUGACCAUUAUUCCUACAGAAGAGGAUCAUGGGAAGAGAAUAGAAUGUCGGGCGGCUAAUGCAGUACAAAUUCAACCAUUGAAAGCACUGGCUACUUUAGAUGUACAAUUUAAGCCUAGUAUUACCCUGAAAGUUAAUAUUACACGAAAGCUACGAGAACAUGACUACGUUAGAUUUACAUGUGAUGCUAAAGCAAAUCCUUCACAAAUCACUUGGAAAUGGUAUAAAGACGGAGAGUUUAUCCCCGGUGAAUCAAAGUUUACGUUGGACAUUGCCAACCUAAACCGAGAUGAUCAUCGUAGUAUACUGAUGUGUGAGGGAGAGAAUGCUAUUGGUGUUUCUAAGGCAACUACCACACUAGAUAUAGAAUAUGGUCCUAAGUUUGUCAACCUAAAUAGCCAUAUACCUGUUGACCUUGAAACAUCAGUGACCUUGACCUGUGAAGCAGACGGCAACCCUUUACCCAGUAUUAUAUGGCGACGUGGGAGUUACCCUGAUGCCUUGAGUACAGAGAGACAGUACACUGUACAUAACAUACAAGACCAUGAUCUAGGGCUAUAUAAAUGUACAGCUUCAUCCAUUAAUGCUGGGUUUGCUCCAAUUGAUGCAGAAAUUUACCUCAUGAGAAAAGAUCAACCAAAGAUAACCAGUUCUAAGAUACAGUACGCUGCAAAGGGAUCAACAGCAGACAUAGAGUGUAAAGCAAGAUCUGUUCCUAAUGCAGACGAGGUUAUAUGGAUACGUAAUGGAAAAGAGAUAGACUUUGCUUCGUCAGAACGAUACUCGUUCUCAGAAACACGGAAACCAGAUGGUGUUAUAAAUACAUUACACGUACAGGAUUCAGAUGAUGAUGACUUUGGAGUUUAUAAUUGUACAGUGGUUAACAGUAUGGGACUGGAUUUCAUGGCUAUUACUCUCAAUCAGAAAGAAAUCCUUGCUUUGUCAUACAUAGUAGGCGGAGUUAUUGGUGGUGUGGCUGUUAUAUUUAUCAUUGCUAUAGCUUGUGUGUUAUACCAUCGAUACAAAGGUUCAGAUAACGAAUCCUAUGCAGAAACAGAUAGUAAUACAGAAAUAAAAAAGAGAGAGAAAUCUGACUCACCAACAGAAUUCCAGAAAGGUACAUUAAUGGACCAGUGGCGCCAAGAUCUCAAUUUCCAUUGUCCCCCAACUGAUUUUGAUGAAGUUUAUGGUAAAAUGAAUGGCACUGAAUCAAAAGUUACAAGUGGUUAUGGAACUUUAAGAUCAGAAAAUUACAUCAAUGGUUAUGACAACCACAAUGGACAUUUAUUUAGUGAUUAUAUACAUAGAUCUGAUGAAACAAUACCUGGGGAAAGUCAAAUGGAUAAUGGUGUACAUCAAUACGGAACCAGUACAUUCCGGUCACGACCAGACUUUAACAAAUCUUCAGAUUCUGAUCCAUAUCAACUUCCUCCAGCUGAUAUUUCUACAACAAAACUAGCUACAAAUGUAUGAAACACACUUUUUCAUUGGUUUGUCAUAACAAAUUGUCUCAUUGGUUUAUAGCAGAACUUUGAAUUUAAAAAGUUGCAGCCAAUGAUAAUAACAAUAUUAUAUUCCUGUGGAACAAGCUUAUAAACAGAGAUUCAAGGUGUAAUGUUGUGUAGCAUUACAGAUUUGCUAUUAAGUGUCAAAUGUAAAAAGACCUAAGAAAAAAGGUUAAGACUUUUAUACAUGGCGACUCUGAUGACCUUGAAGUUUAGUUUUUCAAGGAAUCCUCCUGAAUUAUUUCUGGCAACAAGUUGCCAUGGAAUUAAACCCUGUGUCAGAAUAAUAAUCAGAAACAAUGUUGAAUCUAUAUAAAAUCAGAUACUAAAAUGAAAGAGUCUUAAAUAGUUGGUGCUAGCCAAGAUGCCUGUGUGUCGAUGGAAGUUACACGUUCAAAAAGUAGGAAAUUAGUUGCAAUGGUUUCCAACAUAAAAGCGAGAACAAAAGUCGUAUGUAAACUUUUUUAAGUUACAUAUGAAUAUUAUACUAAAGAAACAUGAUCUCAUGAAUAUUGAUGAUGCAAUUGAAAUUAUUUCAAAUAUGUUUAUUAUUAUGCAACACAGACAAUGGAACUCUGUCGCAAUCAUCAAAACUGUGCCAGAUAAAUACAAUACACUUGUCUGUCAUUACAAAGGUUUAAUUGUAUUGUGAAGAUUUCAUAAUCAAAGAAACUGUGUGUACAUGUGUGUGUUGUGUAACAUUAGUGCUAAGUGAUUUCUACUUAAAUGUGGCGCUGGUAGCUGUAUGAUGUUUGUGUACCAAUAAUUAUUGUUAUGUUUACUUUUUGAUCAUCGAGCACCUGUUUAUCAUGUUAUAUCAUAAUAUCUGUUUACAUCAUAUCAUAAUGUUUAAUUUACAUAAUUUGUUGAGAUAUAUAAAUUCCUUGUCACUAACUUUUUCAUUGCAUUUGGAUAAGCUGGACAUAAUAAAUAAUGGAAUUUAAAUUUAACUAUAAAAAAUUAUUUUUGUUUUUGAACUCCAAUUCUUAAAGGUGCACUUGUUUUGGUAAUACUACUCAUUAAAAUCAUGUGACCACUUCUUGACCAAUGAUAUUGUCAGGAUUAGAUUAACUUUAUUUUCUUUUGCCUAUGGUGUAUUUAUAAGAUACAUUUAU